CAGAGUACGAUGUGCUUGUUGAAGGGACCUGGGUUGUUGCUGCUGCUGCUGGCAGCAAUCAGCACUAACGCAGCACCAACCCAUGAACACUGCUCCACCGUGACCAAAAGAAUGCCAACAAAGCACCUGCACAGGAUCUUUGGCGAAUGGGUUCUGGUCUGGUCCGAGGCUGAUCAUGAGGAUGGCCACAGCUUGCUGGCCAACUGCUCCAGUUCUCAUGUAGAGUUCAAACUCCUCCCUGGCAACAAAACCUUCAAUUGCAUCGAGAGGAACGUGUACAAAGGAAGUCUUGACUCUUGUACUACCUACUAUUUAAACAUGACGAUACCCACUGAUGACGCUGAGCAUCACACACUGAAAUACGAUUCCAUCAGAGUGGAGAAGGAUGGACAGGUUGAGCCGUACAACGAUACAGGAGAUGUGGACUUUUACAGAGGGAAGGAGCACACCGUGAUGUCGAGCAUCAUAAGACCCACCACGAUGAUCUUAAGAAACUGGCCGAGUGUCUGAAGUUCCCUCACGACAGAGUGUAUACUUACGACGGACUGGCAGAUUUUUGUCACAAGGAAUCCGCUCCAGAGGCCAGUCAAUCUUGAGUAGAUCAAAAGUGGAAAGAUCAGCCGAUAUGUGAAAAAAACAUCAUUAAAAGUUAAUGGACCAAAAUGUUCUGUUUAAUGUAUUUUUCAAUAGCAAAUAAAUCAUUGUCGUUGAUUU